UUAACAUAUUUAAAGAGCUUUUGAAUCCUCUGAGAAAUUAAUUCAGCUCUGAUCUGCUUGAUUCACAUUCACUCUGUUCAGUAAGUCAGUGCUGGUGAUGAACAGCAGCAUGUUUCUUGUCUGGACUCUCAGCUCUCUGAUCCUCAGCUACACUCUCGGGUCACCUACCCUUAAUAGCACAAGCAGUGGAUCUGACGUGAAGACUUUUCUCAAUGUCACAGAGGGGAACAUCACAGAUAGUAAGACCAAUCAGACCAGGUCACGUCUCCGCAUACGCAUUGGUCCCCGAUGUAUGUUCGCUACCUGUACCAUGCAACAUCUAAGCCACAUGAUGCAGACUGGGGAUGAGAACGCAGGAAAGAGUGCAAGUGACCCAUGGGGAAAUGGGAAAAAAUAAGAGAUGUAUAGGAGAAAGAGGGUUACUUUUAUUUGAUUGCUUUAAUUUAAUUGUAAAAUGUCUUUACUUUGAACCAUGCUUUGAUUCAAAAGAGCUAACUUUCUUUACAUAUUUUAUUAUUCAUUUGAGCAAAUACAGAAAUGUUAUCAACUCUGCUAAUGUCAUCUUACCACACCAAUAAAGAAUAAAAUUGUUGUUAUUAUUA